AUGUUUGAACGUCGUUGGUUAAGCAGAAUCAACUAUAGUCAAUCUGGUAAAUUAUCAUUCAAUAGUAAAAGAAAACAAUUAGAUUUAGAUAAGGCAACAACUGGAUUAACAGCUGAUUCAAUUGCAACUGGUCAAUCAAUAACAGGAUUAACUGCAAAUACAAUAGUAACUGGACAAAGUGUAGGUGGUUUUACAACUGCAAAUACUUUAGGUUUAACAUUAUUAAAUUCACUAGGCCAAUCAGUUGGUGGAUUAACAACUUCAAAUACAUUUGUUUUAAUUUCGAUUGCAAAUUCUGUUGCAGUUUUAACAACUGCAAAUACAAUCGGUGGGUGGACAAUCAGUAGCAGGUUUAAUAACUUCAAUUGGAUUGACAAAGUUUACCUUAUAAAUACAAAUACCCCAAUGUUGGCAUUAAAUAAAGAACGUGAUUAUACUGAAAGAGAAAUAUUAUAA